AUGUCUAACAUCUAUCUCGGUGUCAUCGGCGUCGGUGGUGUUGGAACCGCCUUCCUUAGCCAACUCGCCCAUCUCCCCAAUGCCCCCAAGCUGAUCUUCCUGGCCCGUUCGACGCAGACUUUCCUGGCCCCGACACCGGCCUACUCCCCCGCCAUCCCCGCUGGUGACUGGAAGGCGGCCACCGAGAACUCCUCGCUGACCAAGUCGGGCCCUCUGUCCCCAGAGGAGAUCGCCUCGUACCUCGCGUCCGCCCCCGGCCGCUCCAUCCUGGUCGACAACACCAGCGACCCGACCCUGGCCAGCUCCUACCCCAUCUUCCUCCGCAAGGGCAUCUCCAUCGUCACCCCGAACAAGAAGGGUUUCUCCUCAGACCUGGCGCUAUGGAAAGAUAUCUUCGCCUCCGCCGCGCAGGGUAAGGCGCUGGUGUACCACGAGAGCACCGUCGGCGCCGGCCUGCCCGUCAUCUCGACGCUGCGCGAUCUCGUUGCCACGGGCGACGAGGUCACCCGCAUCGAAGGCGUGUUCUCCGGCACGCUGUCGUUCCUGUUCAACACCUUCGCGCCCGUCGGCGGCGCCUCGUCCGCCAAGUGGAGCGAGGUCGUUGCCCAGGCCAAGGAGCUGGGCUACACGGAGCCCGACCCGCGCGACGACCUCAACGGCAUGGACGUCGCGCGCAAGCUGACCAUCCUGGCGCGCAUUGCUGGCCUCGACGUCCAGGGCCCGGACUCGUUCCCCAUUGAGUCGCUCAUCCCCGCCGAGCUGGCCUCGUUGCCCUCGACGGCCGACGGCAUCGCGCAGUUCAUGACGCGGCUGCCUGAGUUCGAUGCGCAGAUGGCUGCCAUCAAGGAGGGAGCCGAGAAGCAGGGUAAGGUUGUGCGGUAUGUCGGCAGCAUCGAUGUGGGCAAGAAGGAGGUGCGCGUUGGACUGCAGCAGUUCAACAAGGACAGCGCUAUUGCGGGACUCAAGGGUAGCGACAACAUCAUCAGCUUCUACACGAAGCGGUACGGCAGCAACCCACUCAUUGUGCAGGGAGCCGGUGCCGGCGGCGAUGUGACCGCCAUGGGCGUGACGGCGGAUCUCAUCAAGGUCAUUCAGCGUCUGGAGUAG